UAAGGAAUACCACAACCAUAGCUAGCUACAUUCUCUAUUUAAACACAAACUUUGCUCUGUAGUCAUUCACAUUAACCCAAUCAUGGCUACCCAUAUUGGUCUCUCUCUUUGCUUCUUCUACAUCACAACCCUCCAGCUUGUUUCCACGUUGUCUCAGUCUGACAAUUAUAUCAUUCACAUGGAUAUAUCAGCCAUGCCCAAAGCAUUCUCUACACAGCACUCUUGGUAUCUAUCCACUCUUUCUUCAGCGUUGAAAACUUCCAAACCCACCAGUAAUAAUCUUAAAUCUAUUUUUUCUUCCAAGCUGCUUUACACCUACACCAAUGUCAUCAAUGGUUUCAGUGCAAACCUUUCCCCUCAAGAGCUUGAAGCUCUGAAAACCUCCCCCGGUUAUGUUUCUUUCUUGCGAGAUUUACCAGCCAAGCGUGACACAACACACUCACCGUCCUUCCUUGGCCUCAACCCCAAUGAAGGGGCGUGGCCAGCGGCACAGUUUGGCAAGGAUGUCAUUGUUGGUUUGGUGGACACUGGAAUUUGGCCAGAAAGUGAAAGCUUCAGAGACGAUGGAAUGGGUGGGGUUCCUUCACGAUGGAAAGGGCAAUGUGAAAGUAGCAUCAAAUGCAACAAGAAGCUCAUUGGAGCAAGGUUCUUUAACAAAGGGUUGUUGGCAAAGAACCCCAACAUCACCAUAGGUGCGAACUCAACACGUGACACUGAGGGUCAUGGAACUCAUACAUCAAGCACUGCAGCUGGGAGCGUAGUCGAAGGUGCAUCGUACUUUGGGUAUGCUUCUGGAUCAGCCACGGGAAUGGCUUCAAGUGCGAGAGUGGCCAUGUACAAAGCCCUGUGGGAAGAUGGAGCUUACAUGUCUGAUAUAAUAGCCGCAAUUGAUAGUGCAAUAUCUGAUGGGGUAGAUGUUCUUUCUCUGUCAUUUGGCUUUGAUGAUAUACCUUUGUACGAGGACCCUGUUGCUAUAGCCACGUUUACAGCAAUGCAGAAAAACAUUUUUGUGUCGACGUCAGCAGGGAACGAAGGGCCUUUCCUUGGAAGACUUCACAACGGAAUACCAUGGGUCAUAACUGUGGCUGCCGGAACUUUGGACCGUGAAUUUCACGGGGCUCUUACUCUUGGCAAUGGAGUCCAAGUAACUGGCAUGUCUCUCUAUCAUGGAAACUUCUCCUCUAGCCAUGUUCCAAUUGUUUUCAUGGGGUUGUGCGACAGAGUGAAGGAACUGGCCAAAGUGAGGAGCAAGAUUGUGGUGUGUGAAGACAAUGGAACAAUCAUUGAUCUUCAAGUGUCUAACAUUUUUAAAGCAAAUGUUGUCGCUGCAGUGUUCAUAACAAAUAGUUCCGAUAGUUCAUUUUUCUUAGAUAAUAGCUUUGGAACAAUUGUUAUUUCCACCACAGAUGGGGAAAUUGUGAAAGCUUACAUCAAGAGCAAUAACUCUAGUGCGAAAGCAAGCAUGUCUUUUGAGAUGACAGUUUUGGGUACUAAACCAGCACCGAGUGUGGAUAGUUACAGUUCCCGAGGACCAUCGAGUAGUUGUCCAUUUGUGUUGAAACCGGACAUCACUGCUCCUGGUACAUCAAUCUUAGCUGCAUGGCCUCAAAAUCUUCCAGUGGAAAUGUUUGGGUCGCAAAGUAUUUUCAGUAACUUCAAUUUGUUAAGUGGCACAUCCAUGGCAUGCCCUCAUGUUGCUGGUGUGGCAGCAUUGUUAAGAGGAGCACACCCUGAAUGGAGUGUUGCAUCCAUUAGGUCAGCCAUCAUGACAACAUCAGACAUGCUUGAUAACACCUUAGGGCCCAUCAAAGACAUUGGCAACGAUAACAAACGAGCCUCUCCUUUGGCAUCUGGUUCUGGUCACAUCAACCCUAAUAAAGCCCUUAACCCUGGCCUUGUUUACGAUGCUGGAGUUCAAGAUUAUGUUAAUCUGCUCUGCGCUCUUGGCUUCACCCAAAGAAAUAUCACCGUCAUCACAGGAACCUCUUCCAAUGAUUGUUCCAAAGCUUCCUUGGACCUCAACUACCCUUCUUUUAUUGCUUUCUUCAACAACAACAAUUCAAGUACAGCACAAGAAUUUCAGAGAACAGUGACCCAUGUUGGGGAGGGACCAGCAAGCUAUGCUGCCAGCUUUAUACCGGUGGAAGGGUACGAAGUCAGUGUGAUCCCUGAAUUGUUAGUGUUCAAGGAGAAGUACGAGAAGUUGAGCUACACGUUGAGAAUUGAAGGUCCAAGAAAGAAGAAAGAGAAGAAAGUUGCUUUUGGGUAUCUCAUUUGGACGGACGUCCAACAUGUGGUUAGGAGUCCCAUUGUGGUCACCACUCUCAAUUUCGACUUCUGACAUUAUAUAUAUGUAUCUAUGCUCAUAUAUGAAUCAACUCAAAAAUC